AUGCCACAUAUUGAUAGGUUUGAUGGCUUCGGCGACCCAAUGGUGCACAUUCGCCUAUUUUCUGAUGUCUUAAAGCCUAUGGGUUUCACUCGCCCACAAAAGCUCUCUUUAUUCGGACGAACUUUGUCAGGAGUGGCUGCCAUUUGGUAUGCCAAGUUAGAGGACUCGGUAAAACAAAGUUGGGAAAAGUUAGCCGAGGCCUUUAUCACCCAGUAUGCUUAUAACACCCAGAUUGAAGUGACUACUCAGGAAUUAGAUGCCACUCGUCAAGAGCCCAAUGAAAGUUUCGUGGCCAUCAUCACUAGAUGGAAAGCCAAGGCAGCGAUGAUGACCAACAGGCCACCAGAAAAAGAUCAAAUUCACAUGGUGGCCCGGAAUUUGCAUGGCAAGAUGUUUUCAAAAAUGAUAGUUCUUCCCCUAUUUACUUUUAAAGAAUUACAUGAAAUGGGGGUUCAAAUAGAAGAUGCCAUCAAACAAGGAAUCAUCAUUGACGACAAAGAGUCAAUACGAAAGACCUUCGGGCGUAGUUCCAAUGCUAACACAACUGUGAAGCCCUCUGAAAUCAACUUGGUUACCACCACCACUAAAACAGUCGACCCCUUUGCUCAUGCUGGCUCGCAAACAACGAACACAACCCGUGCCCCAAUCCUAACAUUCUCCCGUCUCCAUAUGUCACUCUUUAAAGCAAUGAAAGUCUUGACAGAAAGAGGGUAUUUGAAGCCUUUGGACCCCCAACCUCUUCCCGAACCUCUCCCAGCCGAACAUGACCCUACCAAACACUAUGCUUUCCGCCAACAACCAGGACAUGACACAGACCGUUGCUUUCAUCUCCUUUAUGAGAUCUAA